AUGUGGAUUCCACAUACAAUACCAAAGACAACUUUUCACCUAUUCAUUCCAUCUGACAAAAUCGUCCCCUGCCAAUUGCGAUCGAACGAGGUCAAACAUGUUAUUAACUCCGUGGACUUUGGCUGGGCGGAUUGUACGCCCAAACCGUUAAAAUUACUGUGCUUAGAUAACAUAGCCAACCAUUUUGCACAGUACCCCGAACAAUUGUUCGAGUGCAUUAAUAAUACGAACAUAGAGUAUCUAGUGGAAAUACUGAGUACUAGUUUACCGAUCGCUUUAGUCAUACACGUCCCGGGCAACGAGUAUUGGCGGCGGCGUUACGACCAUACGUGGCCGAACUCCGUUAUAACAACGCGGGACUCUGUAGUUACAAACUCUCUGAAAAUUAUUUAUUUAACCAAAUAUGUAUCGGAAAUUAUUGAAAACUUGGAACCGGGUUACGUCGAUGAGACGGAGCUCUCCGAGAUAUUAAUGGUUUGUAGUCCAUAUGUUACUUCGAUAGACUGCCGACAACUUCGUAUUCAGGGUUCGAUGGCACAGGCAUUAACGAUCAAUGAAUCGGAAGGUUAUACACCUCUCGAUCCUAUUCACAUUGAUUUGAGUUUCGUAUUGAGUAUUUUAAAAAACGUACGGACCUUAAGUAUAGUUUAUGGUUCCAAGAUAUUGACGACUGAGCCAUCGGUGUAUACGCCUGAACAGUACAAGUUCAGUAUUGAUGACAUGGAUACGCUCGGCCAUAGCUUGUUAAUAUCGGAACACUUAACCAGCCUGGCAAUUACUAAGAGUGAAUUAAAUAUGGUGAAGUUCAACCGACUAUUACCAUAUUUGAUGGAGUGCCGUGGUCUAGAAGAAAUAAAUUUUUCGUUCUGUAAACUAUGUUGUUUAGGUGGGAAAUCAGUAGCACAUUUUGUAAAAACUGCAAAAAUGUUAAAGAUGGUGAAUUUAUGUGGUAACCAAAUCGGUCCAGAUGGAGUUGAAUCAUUAUCAUUUGUAAUGUUAUGGAGGCGAAAUAACAACUAUCCGGCAAUUGACUUAAAUUUAAGUAUGAACAAUAUAAGUGACAUCGGUGCUAAAUAUUUAGCAUCUGCUUUAGCAUCAGGAGUUCAACCUUUUACUAAACUUCGAGUUCGUAAUUGUAAUAUAACAGAAAUUGGAGGUCUAAAUAUAGCUCAAUCAUUAGCAUAUGAUCGUGGAUUACGUGCUUUAGAAAUAGACAACAAUCCAUUAACAUUGCAAGUGGCUAUUGCAUUACAUACAUCGUUGAAAACGAAUUUUAAUAUCGUAUAUAUUUCUAUUCAAAAUUGCAACUUUUCGCAAAACAUCACUAAUUUCCUGAGCAGAGUAGCAUUUUAUAAUAAACACAAAAAACGUUCUGAGUUUAUCUAUUUAGAUUUCGAGUACUUAUAUGAUGAAAUUAAAGAGGAAAAUAUUUCAUUUGAAGAAGAGAUGAUGGAAUCGGAAAUCAUGGAAAAUGACGAAAAGGAAGGACUAUUGUAA